AUGACCACUCCUCGCUCUCAACCCUCCGGAUCAUCGCGUAGGCAAACUUCAACCCCGUCUAUUGACCUCACUGCUAUUCUUAACGACUUACGCCAAGGCCAUGACUCUCCUGUGAACAAGGGAUUGUUUCCCACGCAUAAGAGCCCUAUUUCCAUUGAUCUCGAAGGUGCUACUCCUGUGGUGAAGGCGUCCACAUGUGGGAAACGACCUGUGAAGAGUGGUUCCUCUCGACCCCCUACCAAAAGGCGACGCCCACGUCCGCACACCCCAACGGUUCACCCAAAACUGAGGCCGGGAGAACCACUUGACUUCGAUGCCUUUGACCUCCACAAGCCUGAUCUAACCUCCACGGUAUGGGAACAGUUCAGGCAGAUUCGCGUUAAAGGGUCAGUGGAGACCUGUGAGCGUCGAGUCUACUGCAUACUUUGUGGCACAGUCGACAAGCAGACAGGGAGCAGUACAACCAACAUGAAGAGACACACUUGUGUGAAGUUCGUGGACGAUGAGAAUAUGCGUCAGCCUCUCAUAACCCAGUUCUCGAGGGAUAAGGCCAAGCUCGGUCUUGAAGAUCGCAAUACGCUCAAUCAAGCAGCAGUCAGUUUGCUCUCAGCAACAUCGAGUCCAUUCCUAUUGUUCGAAUGUGAUGAAAUGAAGGAGCUGCUGGGUCUUGUGUCAUCUCUGACACUUAAGCUAGGUAAACACAUUGACAUAGCCUCUAGUCUCGCAGGGGAACGCCACCUGAGACGUUUGGUGAAGGAAACCAGUUUACAGAGAACUGAACUUGUGAAGGCACAUCUAAAGGUGCAGCCCGAGCCAUAUCAGAUACUCUUCGACAUGUGGACUACACCCGGCGAGGAAGAAAUCAUGGCCCUACAAGUUAUACUCUGGGGGGGCAAGCUCCAGCAUAAGAAUCCAGAUCGUGCAGCAUUCCCCGUUCUAAUGGCGUUGAGAGUAUGCGCUGAGUAUAAUAUCGAUCCAGGUGCUUGCUUAUUCUGCUCCGAUAACUGUCAGAGCAACAUUCGAGCGUUGGACGACCUUGGAUAUGCAAGUUCGGGCUGUCUUUGUCAUUUGUUAGCCCUAGUCAGUGGGGCAAUUCUGGAUCCAACGAAGCCCCAAGCUCCGGUGGAACAAGACAAGAGCACAGCAGCCCUUUUGAAGCCCAGUAAUCUCGAGAAGGGAAAUACUGCCAAAACGACGAAUGGAAUUGUGGCCGCGGCGAGUAGAUUGGCUACUUACUUCAAGAGAGCCAAAUUGAAUCCAAUAUUAUCCCUUAAAGGGUACAAAAAAUUGAAGUCUAGAGGCGGCGUCAAGUGGGAUGCUAUAUACAUCAUGCUCACGAGACUCUUGGAAAGCUGGGAAGGUGUCGAACAAAUAUUAGUUCAAAAAGGACAGCUACGUUUUUUCGAGAGUAUAUUCAGCAAGCGAAACGUUAUCGAGCAGCUCGUGGAGCUGUUGGAGCCUUUCAGGCGUGCGACAGUGUCUAUGGAAUCGCUUGCUGGAGGGACUGCGUGCAAAUCCAUUCUAGCUCUCGAAUACGUGUGGAAGACCCUCCAUGCACCAGCUAAUCCUGACGAAGAUAAAAUAAUUUCGGAUGCGAGAAUAAAGCUUCGUGAAACAUUCAAGAAGAAGCUCAUCGUGCGUCUGACUCCCGAUAUGCUGCUUCCGCUGGCUUUGUAUCCAAGAGCUAAAUUCCGAGGUCUGAUGGAUUUGGAAAUUCGAAAGGAAUUCGAAGAUGCCGGUUCUACCACUCCCGAUUUACUAUCAGAAGAAUAUAUCAAGUGGCAAAUGGUUAGUUGGUGCAGCAUAGUCACUAAAUCUAAGGAAGGCGUUGCAGAUGAGCCCGACAAUUCCGGACCUGCCGAUAUGCCUCAGACCGCUGGGGAAGUGGUCUUGGAAGAUAGCUUCUUGGGGUGCUAUGCAACAGGGUUACCCUCCUUGAACGCACUCAAGAAGCAAGAAGCUACUGAAAAACUAUCGGACGAAGUGCUGACGGAGAAGAUCGAAGCCGAAGUGGAACGUUAUAGUAGAUCUGAUCCGGUGGCACUGGGAUAUGAUGCCUACUGGUCGGAUCCUAAUGUUCUCGCCCAGUAUCCUUAUAUAGCGAAUCUGAAGGAUUUAUGCAAGAGCAUG